CAAACAAAUCCAAACCACCCAAAUGCCAAACCCAACAGAACACAGAAACAAAAAACGUGGUAUCAAAAUCAUUCCUUUGCUUUGUCACUCUCCCUCCCCCUCAUGCUUCAUCAUUUGUGAAUCUCCUUGAUUGCUGCUUUCUUCCAUGGAAACCAUUCUCUCUCCUCGCUCUCUCUCCCCUCUCUUCAAUCCCAAAUCUUCUUGUUCAAAGACCCUUUCCUCCUCCUCCUCCUCCAUCCAACCCAGAUCAAAUUCUCUUUUUCUUACCAAAAAACAUCAACCUCAAUCACUAACUUCAUCUUUACCAACACCCACAAGCUGGCUUUCACACGCCCAACAAGGGCUGGCAGCUCUAGCUGUCACUCUAGCACUCAAUUUUAGCCCACUCUUGCCUGGUGGCAAUGCAUUAGCUUCUGAAUUUGAUGUGAUUAAUGAGGGGCCACCUAAAGAAUCAUAUGUUGUUGACGAUGCAGGCGUGCUUAGUCGGGUGACAAAAUCGGAUUUGAAGAGGUUGUUGACGGAUUUGGAGUCGAGGAAGAACUUCCGCAUCAAUUUCAUCACUGUUCGAAAGCUAACCAGCAAAGCUGAUGCCUUUGAGUAUGCUGACCAAGUUUUGGAGCGUUGGUAUCCCUCAGUAGAAGAGGGCAAUAAUAAGGGUAUUGUCGUGCUUGUUACCAGUCAAAAGGAAGGGGCAAUCACAGGUGGCCCUGCAUUUGUCCAGGCUGUUGGAGAAACUAUUCUUGAUGCCACUGUAGCAGAAAAUCUUCCUGUCUUGGCUACAGAAGAGAAGUACAAUGAAGCUGUUUAUAGCAGUGCCAAACGACUAGUUGCUGCCAUUGAUGGGCUCCCAGAUACUGGUGGACCCUCGACUAAAGACAAUAAACGUGAAUCCAACUUCAAAACCAGGGAAGAGACAGAGGAGAAGCGGGGACAAUUCUCUCUUGUAGUUGGAGGUUUGUUAGUGAUUGCCUUUGUUGUUCCUAUGGCACAAUACUAUGCUUAUGUCUCCAGGAAGUAGUAACAUUAGAUUUGUCUUUCAAAUUAUUACCCUUAAAAUUCACAAAAUCAUGUGUAACAUGCUGUUGUACAAAUCAUCAUGUUACAAUGGUUGAUCAGAAACUCACAAUUGGUGAGUUUUGGUUAAUAUGUUAAUCAUGUGUUGGACUUGUCUCUUAGACCAAUGAAGUAAAGAAAUAAUAGUCAA